CAAGAAAUGUCCAAAGGAGAUUUCAACAUUUGAUGAGAACUAAACAUGUCAAGUAAAAUCAUUUAUAAUUGUUGAAGAAGUGUGUUCUGUUUUUGUGAAUUAAAUAUACCAAUUUGAAAUAAAAGCAGAUUUUUAAAAUGUCGAAUAGAGAAGAAAUACUUGCGAAUUUCCAGGCAUGCACUGGAGUUGAAGAUCUUGCUUUAGCAAUUUUUCAUCUAGAUGAAAGUAAUUGGGAUUUGAUGAGUGCUGUAAGCAGGGUUAUAUCUCCUGAAAGCCAGACAUUUCAAGCUGAUAAUACAAAUGAUUCUGAUGUAAUGAUAGUCGAAGAUGAUAUUCCAGUUAUGCCAAUUGAAAGUGCUUCAAGCAUGUCUAGAAUGGAAAAUAAUGUUGAACACCCAAUUGACAGAAUACAAGGCUUUAACAGGAAUCAUUUUAGUCAACCAUCUACAUCUAGAGGAUUUCCAAGAAAUUUAACAUUCAAGGUGUCAUAUUUGACCAAAUUUGUUGUCAUUACUUUACCAGAUACAUCUACCAUCAGAGACUUGAAACGGGCUCUAGAGAAAAAAUUCCAUGUACCCAUGUGCCGUCAAGUAUUACUAGGAUGGGUUAAGAAAAAUCAAGAUGAGGACACCCCCUUUUCCAAGCUCAUAAUAAAUAGAGAAAACUCAUUGAGUCUGCUUCCUGAUGAUGAUGGAUAUACUUCAGAGAAAGAGAAUUAUUUAACGGAAAAAUUAAGUGGCACUUUCACCCUGAAUGUUAAAUACGAGGAUCAAAUGUUCAACUUGAAAUUUGGAGGAUCAGCACCUGUUUUGGAAGUUAAAAAUGGAUUGUAUGCAUUGACAAAUAUUGAAGUUAGAAACCAAAUCUGGAUUGGUUGGCCCAACUUGGUAGAUGAUGCAAUGCCACUCGCCUUGAGUGGGAUAAAUUACCCUGAGCAUGACUUUGUUCUUAGUAGAAACGCUGUAUCGCCCACUCAGAGAGAUAAUGAGACAAAUCACAAUUCGUCAGUUAUAAGAAUAGAUAGCGAUGAUGAAGAAUAUGUAGACGCUGCAGAGUCUAUAAACGGUGAUGAUGAUUAUUUUGUGGAAGAUCUAUCAACAAGAAGAAAUGAACCAUUGAUCCCAGAAAAUAUUGCCGACGAAGAGACUGCAUGCUCAACAUUCAUCAAUAGGUUUACGGCAAGAUACGGACCAGUACAUCCUACCUUUUUCCCAGGCCCAUUAAGUGGGGCUCUGCAAGAGGCUUGUAAUAAACCUGCUAAGGAUAGAAAAAUUCUUGCUAUAUACCUCCAUCACGAUAAAAGCGUUUUGACAAACGUCUUCUGCAGUCAACUCUUAGGGUUUGAAAGUGUUAUGGAAAUGUUGGCGCAAUAUUUCGUUUUAUGGGGCUGGGAUAUAACUUUCAGAAGCAAUGCUAAAAAAUUGGAUGCAAUACUUGAUGCCAAUUUAGGAGGACUUGCCUCUUCUAGUUUGAAAGAUAUGGAAUAUGAAAGGUUACCUGCUUUAGUUUUAAUUAUGAGAAUUAGAGGAUCAACUGAUAUUUUCAAUGUGAUAUCAGGUAAUCUUGGAGUGAAUGAAUUCCUGUCUCGUUUGUUAGAAGCUGUGGAAUUAUUUACAAAUCAGCAAAGAGUAGAGAUCAAAGAAGAAGACGAAAGGUCUGAAAGGGAACGAGUUAAAAUGGAACAAGAUAUUGCAUUCCACGAAAGUCUAGCAGCUGACAAAGCUAAAGAUGAAGCCAAAAGACUCAAGGAACAAGCAGAAGAGGAAGCAAGGUUACAACGAGAAAACGAAAUUGCUACAGAACAGAGGAGGAAAGAAGGAAUGAGAUUAGAAGCAGAAAAAAGAUUACAUCCAGAACCUGCUCUAGAGCAGGGUGAUCGUGAAGCUAUUACUAAAAUUAGGUUUAGGCUGCCAAAAGGAGGUCAUUUGGAAAGAAGGUUCCUUAUUUCCGCAUCGUUACAAGUAUUGCACGAUUUUCUUACUGUAGAAGGUUACAAUAGUGAAGAUUAUAAAGUGAUAUCUAGCUGGCCAAGAAGAGAUUUAACAUCUAUGGAUCAGACCAAAACCCUUGAAGAACUGAAAUUAUAUCCUCAAGAAACUGUGAUAUUAGAGGAGCGAUGAUUUAUAUCAAAGUAAUACUAGCAUUUGAAGAUACCAUUUGAUUGACCAGAUGUUAAUGUACAUUCAUAUGUUUUUUAAUGGUGUAUAAAAUGCUCGAUUUUGAACUUUAAUUUAUUUUAUUAUAUUAAUGUUUAAGGGAAAA